UUUUGUCGAAGAUACAUACGGUUUUCGGUCCAUAGAAUAAUAUCUACUAAAUUAAGCAUUUCAAUAGCAUUUUAAGCUGUUAAUAGUUUAUUUAUUACAGAAUAGUAUCAAGUUUAAGAAUUUUAGUAUCAAUAAAGUAAGAAUAAUCAUCAUUAACCUUACCCACAAAAAUGGCUUAUCUACUGCAAGACUUUUACGACUGGUAUCAUGAUUUAAUAGACAAUCAAUCAGACUCUCGUGUCAAAGACUGGCCUAUGAUGCAAUCACCAGUACCAACACUUUUACUCUGUUUAAGCUAUGCAUACUUUUGUAAAUCAUUAGCUCCUCGCCUUAUGCAGAAUCGAAAACCCUUUGACCUUAGGAAAACUUUAGUAGUUUAUAAUCUGUUUCAAACAGUAUUCAGCGCAUGGAUAUUUUAUGAGUAUUUACAAAGUGGCUGGCUUCGUGAUUAUAGUUAUAGAUGUCAACCUGUUGAUUAUACACCAAAAGGAUUAAGAAUGGCAGAAACAUGUUGGUGGUAUUACAUAUCAAAAUUCACCGAAUUCUUCGACACUUUCUUUUUCAUAUUAAGAAAAAAAUAUCAACAUGUAUCAACUCUACAUGUUAUUCAUCACGGAGUGAUGCCAUUUAGCGUCUGGAUGGGAAUGAAAUUUGCUCCUGGUGGUCAUAGUACCUUCUUUGCCAUGCUUAAUUCCUUCGUUCAUAUUGUAAUGUAUUUCUACUAUAUGUUAGCCGCAAUGGGUCCACAAGUGCAAAAAUAUUUGUGGUGGAAAAGAUAUUUAACAGCUUUCCAAAUGAUUCAAUUUGUAGCCAUAUUCACUCACCAAUUCCAGUUAUUGUGGACAGAUUGCGAUUAUCCAAAAGGUUUCAUGGUUUGGAUUGGACUUCAUGGAGUCAUGUUCUUAUUUCUCUUUUCUGAUUUCUACAAACAAAGUUAUCUUAAGAAAAAAGAAAGAAUAAGAGCGGCAGAGAAGAAAGCAUCCGAGAAUGGAAAAGUUUAUCUCAAUGGAGAUAGUAAACCAAAUGUUAUGUUGAGUCAAGAGGAGCAUCUAAAUGGAGGCAGUUAUCUCAAUGGGCAUAUAGAAAAGAAUGGCCAAAUCACCAACGGAAUCACAUCAAAUGGUUCAAUUAGAUCGAGGAAAUAAGAUGACAAAAAUGAAUUGUGUUCAUUACAUAAAGAGAAAUAUUAAUAUACAGAUUAUAAAUAAUAAUAUAUUUAAUUUUUAUUAGAUAUAAAGAACCAAUUGAUGACACAGAAGAUCAUAACUUUUCUAAUGUUUUAAAAAGGAAAAGAAAAUCAUUUUUCAAAGAAACAAAUGAAAAAAGAAAGAAAGAAAUUAACAAUAUUUAGCUAUGUAUCAUAAUAAAGAGGGUAAAUUGUUUUUUAAUAUUGAUAAUUGAUAAUAUAAAGAGGAAUAUUUUAUUAUAUUGAAAACCUUAUGUAUUAUAUUUAAUAUAAAAAUGUUUUUUGAGUUAUUCUUUUUUU